ACGUAAUAAAAAUACAAAAAUAUUCAAAUUUCAAAAUCAUUCAAAAUUAUGAAAUCAUAAAAAGAAAAUUCCUACAGUAGAAAUAACUUAGUCUGCAUAUUUUUACUAUACAUAAAAAACAGUUAAUGUAGCGUUUUAACAAAGUAUCAAGUAAUAUUCCACGUGAUGUGAGAGCUUUGUCAAUGCUGUUUAAAAAUUGCAGAUCUAUAAUGCUGCUAUAAAUUGUAUUACUGCAGAAUAUAUUUCAAUGCACAGUAAUGUCAUUUUUGGAGAUGAUUAGACCUGUGGGCCGAUUUUGGAGAACUCAUGUCUCCAUUUAGAAGAAGUGUGAUCAAUGCCUAAGUACUGAUUUCUACAUAUAUUCACCUUAUUAUACCCCAGUCUUGGACCCUUUUAUCUGAAAACCUAAAGAUGAGAAUACCUAGACUAUUAAGUCCAUUAUAUCAGAAGAAAUUAUUAAAGAAAUUUGGUAUAUAUGAAAAAGUUUUACCAGUGGAAACAACACCUAGUAGAUUUGUACCGGAACAUAUUGUCAAACCAGAUUAUGUGACGGGUCUACCCAAAGCCAUUCCUAAAUACCCAGAAAAAAAAGAUGAAGAUCAAAUAAAUGGUAUGAGGCAGAGUUGUCAAUUAGCUGCAAGUAUUUUAAAUAAAGCUCAAGAAUUUAUUCAGCCAGGUGUAACUACUGAUGAUAUUGAUGACUUAAUUCACACUUUUAUAAUACAUGCAGGGGCUUAUCCUUCGCCUCUACAUUAUAAAGGGUUUCCCAAAAGUGUUUGCACAUCUGUGAACAAUGUUGCUGUUCAUGGUAUCCCAGACCUGAGACCACUUCAGAAUGGAGAUAUAAUAAAUGUUGAUAUUACGGUAUUCUUUGGAGGCUAUCAUGGCGAUUGCUCAAAAACAUUUCUAGUUGGUGAUGUUGAUGAUAAAGGCCGAGAACUAGUUGCCGUAACUGAAGAAUGUCUUUUAGAAGCAAUAAAGUUAUGUGGGCCUGACGUGCCGUUCUGCGACAUAGGGUCAAGGAUAUUUAGACAUGCAAAAAGAAAGGGUCUGACAGUGUUACCAGCUUUUGCUGGCCAUGGGAUUGGUAAAUAUUUCCAUGGUCCGCCAGACAUAUUUCAUAUACUGAACAGAUAUCCCGGUCUCAUGCAACCUGGUAUGACAUUCACAAUUGAACCUGUUUUAUCGCACGGUCGAGAGAAUACAUAUGUAUUAGACGACGGAUGGACCAUUAUAACUGAAGAUGGUUCUAGAACAGCUCAAUGCGAACAUACAAUAUUAAUCACGGAAGAUGGCGCUGAAAUCUUAACUAGAUAACGAUACCUGCAAUUUGGAACUUAGGAUAAUCUAAUAUAGAAUGUUAAAAAAAUUAUAACUUUAUAAAAGUAAACUAUCCAAACUAGUCCUAAAAAUUGUAAUACAUAGACAUAAUAUAAAUAAAAACACAUUUGCAUCAUAAUCGUUUUUUUAUUAUAGCAUUAUAAUUCUUAAAAAAAAACAUGUAACUUCGUACAUUAAAAGCACAAGCACAUUAUCACUCAGGCUUGUCAGUCGAUAGAUAGAACUUUAAAGGCGUAGAAGGAAGGUAUCGAUUGAGUGUGUAAUACUAAUAGUAAGGUGAUAAGACAAGGCGUAACCAGUGGGACAACACAGCCCCUAAUUUACCAUCGAUCUCGAUACUGUGUUCGUACAUGCUCAAUUCUUGGUCCCAUUCAAAUCCAGCUACGCCCGAAUAAAGAAUUCCGCUACGACAGUUGUCUUAAUAAUAGAAAUAGAAGAAUCGAUGACUAGAUUUUAGGACUACACUUGUUUAUGGUCACGUGAAUCACUUAAACUAAAACUCAGUACCUAUAUUGACUAGUACAUAAAUUCGAAAUCAUAACUCUUAUUACAUGUAGAAAUAUAAUAAUAUAAAUAAGAUAAAUGCAGACUCCAUGCUAUUCGUAAAAAUAUCAUUAUUUGUGCUUUAUAAAGGAAAUAAAUACAUACUUUUAUAGAAAAUCUAUGUUUGUAACAGUAUUAUUGUAUCGCUAUUAUUGAAAAUGUGUUAUAAAUGUGUAAGAAUAAUAAUAUCUUAUAACAAUUAUUAUAAAACUGCUUAAGAAUUUUAAAAAAUCGUACUAUAUUUUAAAAUUACUAUAAUAAACCUUGUUUAUUUGGAUAAAAUGUAAAUAAAUUUGUACAUUAAAGUUAUUAAAGUUUGGCUAUUAUUUAAAAUUCAAAGCUUUAGAAUUGAAAUACAUCAGAUCUUUAAGCUCUUACAUAAUUUUAAAAUUUAUAAGUAUUAGGUUAAUAAUUUAUGGCAAUAACGUAUUUAAUUUCAAGAUAAUAUUUAUAACGCUAAGGGUGCUAGGGAAGGAUAAAAAGAGUGUAUAAAAGUCGAUACAAAAUUAUUAAAUAGAUUUAGACACGAGCUACAAGCAUCCGAAUUCCGAAAGACCAGCAUUAUUUGCAAUUUUAUUUCGUUCGUUGUUGCCACUUUUUAGCCUUCGGCCGAUUGAACUGAUUGUACGAUAAAUUACAAUAAAUAUAGGCUGUAAUUACAUCCUUGGAACAUUUCAGAUAUCAUAUACUUGCAGUUCGAAUCUGAACAACAUACAAAAGCUACCACGCGAUCAUAAUAAUAUUAUACACUACAAGUUAUUUUACAUUUAAUUUUAUUAUUCAAAACAUAAACAAGUUAAAACGGUUUUACAUAACAUAUUAUUAACGUUACACAAUACAUUAUUUUAGUUAACCGCAAUAAACGUGUAUAAGAAUUGGGGCGAUCAAUAUAAAAAUCUACCAAUCUUUACUUUUUAAAGCGUAAUUAUUUAAUUAGAGUUAAACAGCCAUUGCUCGCUUACCUAUUAUUCACACGCAAAGUGAUAAGUAUCGAAAAUUACCAACGACACGAACACGAACCAAGUAAAAAUUUUAACGUGUAUUACAAUUUAACCAAAAACGUUGUUUUUUUAUAAUUAUUUAUUAUGACUAAUUUAAUACAUAUACCGUUAUAUAAAACUCGCUUAAGCUUGCAAAGCAAACCACUCUACGCGCUUUUUACGAUGUAUAAUUGUAGUAAUAUGAUUUAGAAUAAUAUUUUCGUGUAUUUAAAGCACAAGAACAUUGUUUUUCUUCAAUAUUAGGUAGUCAAUUAUGCACUACAACUUGUGCCAAUAAAAAGGGCAUUAAGUUUACUAAGGACCUUAUUCAUCCCAAUAUUUCUGCUCUGAUCGACAAGUAUCUUAGGCACUUAAUAUGCUAUUUUUAAUUCAAUUCUUUAUUGACGCAAGUUAUAGGUAUGGUAUUUUUCUGUUAUAGAAAAGCAAACAACAUAAUAUAAGCUGAUAUCAUAGAACAUUAGAUAUUACUGAUAUAACAACCAAUUAACCAGCAACGUGAGACACAAAUUUAAAGGUUCAUAGACCUCGGGUUAUUGUAGGUAUGUAUAUUUAUCAAGAUUUUUUAAUGUCACUUCCUUGAGAACCAUUUUCGUUAACGUUGAAUUUUAUGUCUAAUGUUUGUAUAUAAUUGGGCUACCACAGCCAACCGACAUAAGGUUUAGAUAAAUGAUUUAUAUUUAUCUUGUACUAUUAUAAAAGACAAAAUGUGAUUUAUAAAUUUCAAAACUUUAACAACAAAGCACAAAAAAAUUACUUAAC